AUGGGGAUGUCAAAAUCCCACCGGAUCAUUCUCCUCCUUCUAAUCGAUUCCCUAUUCUUCCUCCUCGAACUAGUCGUUGGUUAUUCCGUCCAUUCACUAGCUUUGGUUGCGGAUUCGUUUCAUAUGCUCAAUGAUGUAUUAUCACUCUGUGUCGGACUCUGGGCUGUCAAAGUCGCAAAUGAGAGAACCAGCUCGAAAGUGUAUACCUAUGGGUGGCAACGGGCCGAAACUCUUGGUGCGCUUGUCAAUGGCGUGUUCCUCGUCGCAUUAUGUCUUUCCAUCUUUCUUGAAGCUAUCCAACGAUUCGUCGAGCCGCAAGUAGUGAGGAACCCGAAGCUCGUGUUUGUCGUCGGCUGCUGCGGUCUGGUGUCGAAUAUUCUUGGAUUGGUGCUUUUCCAUGACCACUCGCAUGCCCACAGUGGAGGAACGGAGGCAGUCGAUACGGCGGAGCAGGGUUACAUUCAGGAGCCGGGUACGGGGGGAAUAGCGGACGAAUCGGUGACCGUGGCGAGCGCAGCACCAGAAAAUGGAAUAUCGAGAUUGUCUGCUGAAGAACGGGGUGCUACGGAGAACAACACGUCUACUCCUGGUGCAAGCAGGUGGAGCGAAUCUGAUGCCAACAAACGCCGCAACUCCCGUCGGUUUAGUGCGUCAGUCCAAUGGCCUUUCCGUGAUUCGGAAGAUAUUCAAAUCCACCCAGCCAUCCUGCGUCGGGAUAUCAUUGAGGCCAGUCGAUUUGACGGGUCGGACGCGGAAUAUCCUUUAAACGGCCCUCGGCCAUCGGAACAAACGGAUUUAUUGAGUGACUACGAUGGUACACCAUAUACUCAUCUAAACGGUCAAGAACAAGUUCGAAUGAUACCCAAAGCCGCUAGCCACGAAGACUUACACGGCGAGCACAACCACGCCAGACCGAAAACACACGAUGUGAAGGGUGGCCAUUCUCAUUCGCAUGGCGACCUAAACAUGCGAGGUGUUUUCCUCCACGUAGUUGGCGACGCCCUGGGAAACGUUGGCGUGAUCAUCUCCGCCCUCGUAAUCUGGCUCACCGAUUACUCCUGGCGUUAUUACGUAGACCCGGGCAUCUCGCUCGUGAUCACCUUCAUAAUCCUCUGCUCUGCCAUCCCGCUCUGCAAAGCCGCGUCACGCAUCCUCCUCCAAGCCGUUCCCCCCGACCUCAGCAUCGACCACAUCAUCGAAGACAUCCAGAGCCUGCCCGGCAUCAUCAGCUGUCACCACUUGCAUGUCUGGCAGCUCAGCGAUACGCAACUCGUCUGCUCGCUGCACAUCCAAGUCAGUCAUGAUGUCAAGGGCGAAGGGUCCGAUCGAUACAUGGAGCUUGCACGCCAGGUGCGCAGAUGUCUGCACGCAUAUGGCAUUCACUCAUCAACUAUCCAGCCGGAGUUCUAUCCGGACAGCGACGCUGAUGAUGCGGCUGGUGGCUCGGCGACGACGUCGAAUUCUCCCAAGGGAGGAGCACAGCGCUGUCAUGGGUCAAAUACUGUUGACCCUAACUGCCUGCUUGAGUGUGGGGUCGAGUGCGCCGAUGGACAGCAGUGUUGCCCCGGUGGCAAAUGA